GGUUUCUUGAUGCUCGGGACGAGUUGGUCCAUGAUUGUCUUGGCGCUUUCUGAGCCGGUUAUUUUGAGGACUGCGACCUCAGAAGAUCCAUUGAAUAGAUGUAUCUCAGUACUUGUAUCUCUCCCUUCAAGCAGCUCGCCAAGCGUCUUCUCGACGCUGCCGAGGACCUCGAAACGUAGUCUCCGACGACCAUAUAGCCUCCAUGAAACCACAGUUUGUGAGUUGAGGUCACUACCACCAUGAUUCGUCUACCAGGACGGGAGUGUAUGCGUAUGCAACUUACAGCUUCAUGUUUAUGGUCCACUUUGGCAUGACGUCGUCUCUGUUCAUCUUGAUUAUUUUCGUCUUUCGCUUAAUAUUGCCUGCGAUGAUUUUCAAACGAAACCUUGAUUCUUCUGUGGGUGCAAUCGUAACGAUUUCGAUGUCACGGAUGAAAAGGGUCCGGCGAUUCCCUCCCUCAUUUGCCAUGGCUAUUGCGCACGGACGGGUGGUCCCAGUGAGAAGUAAACGAGCUCGAAGCGUGGAGCAAAGGGUUAAAGGUGAAGAUACGGUAUCUUAGAUGCAUUCCCCGGGCGCCCCGAUGAUGGCCGUUGUUA